AUGGACGCUGCGAACGGGACUUCGAGGGCCGGCAAGGGCCCCGGGGCGACAUCAACACCACGCGCUGCGAAUGGCAUUAGUGGUCUUAAUGGGGUCGGUGGUAUCAACGGCGUCAAGCCGAUAAAAGGGCGUGCACUCGGUGGUCCACAGCAACGCAGGGUCAAGGCCGCCCGCCGGCCAGGAGUCUUCGCUUGGCUGUUUAGCGUUGCUGCUCGCCUCUUCACAUGGUACACGAUCCUGACCAUCCUCUUCCGCUGCCCCGCGACGCUCGACGCCUGCGACGAGACAACACCAGGCCUCUGCAAGCCCUACUUCCAGCUCAAACACGCCGUGGCCCCCCACCUGGAACCAUACUACGACACCUACGCAGCGCCCUACGUCGAGCUGGUGCGCCCGUACUACCACACUAUCGACGAGCGCGUCCUGACGCCCGGAUGGCGCUACGCCAAACAACACGGUGCGCCCCGCGUCGAACAACUCCAGGCGCUGGGCGCCACCCAAUGGAAAAAGACGGUGCAGCCGCAGGUGGAAAAGUACCAAGUCCUCGCGCGAGCACAAUACGACGAGCGGCUAGCCCCCCACCUCGACCGCGUGUCGACGGCGCUAGGCCCAUACUAUGAGAACGCGUGGACCAAUGGCCUCCAGACGUACCACGAGCGGCUGGUGCCGGCGUACCAGUACGUGCAGCCGCAGCUGGCGGAGGGGUAUCGGACCGCGUCGGUAUUCACGAGCGAGACGGUGGUGCCGGCGUUUGUGUGGACGUGGAACAAGACGUAUGUGUUCCUGGACGGGACUGUCGGCCCGCAGGUGAAGGCGAUUUAUGUGGAAAAUGUCGAGCCGCAGUUGCACAAGAUUGGCAAGCGGCUGGGGCGGUACAGCUCGGGCAAGAAGUCUGUGCCGAAACCGCCGGCCGAGUUCUCGAGCAGUGCGUCGACUGAGACCAGCUCUUCGUUUACCAAGCCCGCGGCCUCGGUGACUAGUGCUUCCGCUUCCGGUUCAUCCUCGACUUCUGUCGCUUCUAGCGCUUCCGCUUCUGGAUCUUCCUCUUCUUCGUCCUCGACCGAAUCCAAGAAAGACCGCAACUCCGGCCGGCCUCGGUCGACCCUCGAACCGGUCCCCCCGCCCGAGGUUGACGAGAACCUGGAACGCGAAGAGCCCGGUCGGAAGGAGACGCGCGAGAUUGUGGCGGCCGACCUCCGAGACUGGCAAGAGCGGUACGCCAAAGCCGCCGACGAGGCCGCAUCGGAGAUUGACGACCGUGUGCAGGAGAUCGCCAAGCGGAUGAUCCGACGCAACGCCCGCAUCACAGGCCAGUCCCAUCUCGAACAGCUGCGCACCACCACCGUGUCGGCCCUCGUCAGCCUCCGCCGCGACAUCCUCGAGGUCAUCACCGCAGCCAAGUCCGACGCCGUCACCUCCGAGCAAGCGCAGGAGCAAAUCGUCCAACUCGUCCGCCGCGCCGGCAUGGCUGUCAAGGAGAAAGGCCAAGCCGUCCGCCAAUGGCGUGAGGACUACGAGCGCGAGAUGCAGACCUCCAUCACGCAAGCGGCCGAAACACACUUCACAAUCCUCGAAAACAUCCGCGACCUGGCGCUGCAAAAGAUCGGCAUGAAGUGGGCGUGGACAGACGGGAUCACAUACAAGGACUGGCAGAAGUACCACCUGCUCAAGUCGCGGUUCGACGAGUGGAAGCUGGACCUGCAGCAGCACGUCACGAGCCACCCGACGCUCGAGGCCGCGCAGAUCGAGGCGGCGACCAUUGAGGACGACGCCAUGGAUGCUGCGGCUGCCGCGGCGCGUGAGUUGGCGAGGCUGAAGCAGGUUGCCGGGUGGAAACUGACGGCUGGUGAUGACUCGGCCGAGUUUGAUAGCACCCUGAUGCAGCAGGCUGCGGAGGCUGUUGAAGCGGCCCGGCAGGUGGUGCAGGCCGCUGGGGAUGCGGUGGCCGAGGGGUUUGCUGAGGGGGCGGGUAUCGUGUCGGAGGCUGUGCUUGGUACGGCAGAGGCUGAAAGCGAGCAAACCGAGGGCGUGUCUACUGAGGCGUCUGUAGAGGAGCCCGAGACCAGCCCGACGGACGCUCCUGAGCCCGAGGAGGUUGCUAAGAUGGAAGUUUCUGAACCUGUUCCUGAGUCUGAGGAAACCGAGGGAGUCAACGCCCAUCAGACCGAGCCUAAAGCUGAGACGCAGCUCGAGGCCGAGACAGAGACAGAGACGGAGACUGCCGAGCCCGUGGUCGGGACUACCGAAGAGUUCACGGCUGAGGCUGAGAACCAGUUCGAGACACCCGUCAUCGUCAGAAACGUCACUGCGGCUGAACCAGAGACCGAACGGGAGGAGGAACCUGCCCCGGAAGAGCUUGAACUCGAAACCGAGACUAGUCAAGACGAAGUGGACGAGACAGAGGCUUACGAAGGUCUGCCAGUCUCCGAGACUGCGACCGUCAAACCCGCUCUCUUCGGCGCGGCCGCCCAGGCGGUCCCCAACCGUCAACCGAUCCUCGACGACACCUUCGACGACGUGUCCGCGGCCGUGGAGUCCAUGCGCGAUGACCUCAAGUCAGCCUACACAUCCGCCAUGUCGCUCGCUAAUGAGCAGUACUCGCACGCCCUCUCUAUCGUGUCCGCCCAGAUCCAUGGCACACCGCAGCCGGCCCACGAGAAGCUCCUCGCGUCGGUCACCGCCGCCUACAGUAGCGCCAUGGCCUCUGCCAGCGCCCGCCUCGAUGUCGCCAUCCAGGCGGCUUCCGACCAGCUCUACGGAACCACCACUAAGCCCACUACUACAAACAACAUCCUCCCGACGACCAUCCCGGUCCCCGACAUCCCGACGGUCGACUGGGCUCACAUCGAGUCCAUCGCUGCCGAGCGCCUCCAGCAAGGCCGUACCUGGGCCGAAGAGCAAUACGAGUCCGCCAAGCACGCCAUCGGCCUAGCUACCGAGCCCACGCCUACCCCGUCCACCCCCGCCGAGCACGUCCACAAACUGCUUGACAACGCUCGACACAACUACUACGCUGCCAUGGGUGUUGCGCACGAGCGGUACUCGGAUUUCCUCGCGGGCGCGAGCUCUGCCCUGCAUUCCGUCACGGUGCCAUCUACACAACCCACACCAACCGACGUAAUCGGGAGCGCAUCCUCCCUCGCCUCCGUCGCCAACGCGUCUGCCGCGUCCGUGGCAGCCGCCAUUACCUCCGCCGCAUCCGAGAACGCAUCUUCCCUGGCCGCAGCAGGUUACGAUUCCGCCUCUGCCGCAUCCGACCAGAUCGCCGAGACCUGGGAAGUCAUCGUCUCGCGCGUGAGUAUCCAAGUCUAUGGCGCGCCUACCCCCACGGCGUGGUACGCUGGUUUGUCAUCUGCGCUGGACGGGUAUGCUUCCGCGGCGGACGAUACAAGAUCCACGGUCACCGCCGCGGCGGGAACAUACAUCUCGGUGGGCUCUGAGGAGAUUGCAAGGCAGUAUUCCGCCGUGAGCAGUAUCUUGUCUGAGGCGCUGGUGGGUGUCAGUAAGGAACCGUCGUUUUCGGAGAGCGUGCUGGAGAAAGUGAGGGAGGUGCUGGCGUAUCCGACGGGUGGGGCGUGGGAGGCUGCGGGCAGUGUAGUUGGGCGUGUGGAGGAGGGGAUUAGUGAGGUUGGCGAGAAGGUGAGGAGUGUUGUGCGGGAUGAGUUGUGA